CCUGUGUGGGCGGAGGAAAAGCCUAGUAUUUUGUCCGUCCUGAAAUUUGAUUCACAAGUUCAGGAUCCUGGAAGACAAAAAGCAAACGGAGGGGGAGGGAAGAAAGGCAGAGAAGGACGCAGAGAGAGGGGCUUUUUAACCACGACUGGACCCAACUCACCAAAACCUCCACCACUUCCGACUAAAGCCGUUUGACGAUGAGCGCCUCGGGGCUUCAGGCCACAAACCGGCAGAACGCGAAGGAGCUCGACAGCAUGAAAGAGUCCAUCAGUGACAUCAUCAACCAGCUCCAGGACAUAGACCCGGCCCGCCUGUCCUUCUCCCCGUUCCUGGACCUGGACACUCAGAUCUCCUUGGCGCCGGUGUCCGACAGCCCCGAGUCGUCAGUGGAAGAGCUGCACUCGUCCUCCCACUCAGUGUCAGGCUCCCAGCGUUCCCUUGAACCGCCACCAGCCAGCAAUCCGCCAAGAAGUUCUGCUCCGUGUCACCAGCGACCCGGCGACGGCCUCCCGAAGCAGCACCAAUCAGAGACAGAGAAGGGGGGUCCGGACCACGCCCCGUCCAGCCCCGUCGUCACAGCGCACAGUUCGGACUCUGCCACAGAAAACUGCAUCGGCACCCCGACCACGGCCUCGCAGUGCGACAUUCCCAACGGAACCGACACCAGAUGGAGUCCGGAGUCUACCAACCUGGACUGCAGUGGCGACGAGGGCCGGCCGCUCAUAGCUCCGCCUCCAGAGAGCGUGGAGCUGACGGUGUGGAGCUCCGAGGGGCGGGAAGAGACUUGUGAAGCCCCGGAGGAGGCCGCGAAUCGGGGACGAUGCUGCUGUCGGUACCGGUGCUGUCGGAGCGGCCGGGUUCCCGCCUUCCUCUCGGUCCUGGCGUCUCUCCUCUGUUCAGCCGGGAUCUUCUAUGCACUAUAUUUUCACGUCCCUAUUCCACCCCCCAGAAUACAGAAGGAAUCCAGCCGCUUCGUCUUCACCCUCUGCUGCUGUGGGAUCGCCGCCCUGCCCAUCCUGCUCGCGAUGAUGGUGGGUGCAGGUUGCCAGUUCUGCUCCGGAUCCUUCGAUCUGCACGAGCCGUUUCCCAGAAGGCGGGCGGUUCAGCAGCUGUUCGUCACGGCGUCCCUGGAACAGUUAGUCCUCUACGUCCUCAACCUCAUCAUUUUGGCUUCAUUAGUGCCUGACCAUCUUCUGAACCUGGUGCCCAUAGCGGUGAUCAUGUUCAUCUUAGGGAGACUGGUCUACUGGGUCAGUCUGAGCGCGUGCAGCUCGUGGCGAGGCUUCGGCGCCGGCCUGACCUUCUUCCCGCUUCUCGCCUUGGUGGGUCUGAAUCUGUUCUUCAUGUUCAUCUUUGCUUUAAUCCCGUGGUUCUCUGGCUCUUAGAGCGUCCUCCCCAAAAACCAGGUCACCCCUUUUCCCUGGUCAUGACGGGCGACAUCACAGAGGCCGAGCGGCGAAGCAGACAUCCAACCCACAGACAUCCUGGACUCUGAGUGAGGAGCCGAGCUGCACUUUCUUCUUUGUGAGGAGGAGAUCUUUCCAAAAAUAGGCCAUUCCUGUGGUCUGCAGUUCAGCACAGCUACAAACGCUGCCACUAUAAGCUUCAUGUCUGUGACGGCUUCACUUGUAUUUUUGCUCCUCCUUAUGCAGGACUGUUUUUUAUGUGGAUUCAUGCUUAUUAUCUGAAAUGCAAGAGCUUUUCCCUGCUAGUGGCGGAGGAGGCCUUUGAACAAUGCUGUAGUCUUAAAACAUUUGUUCUUUUAAGCUAUUCCAGUGCCUAUAUUUAAUGUUUGGAAGUCAAAGUACUUAAAAGCUCUGUGAUAUAUAUCCGGCUGAAUUUGGUUUUGACCUUAAAAAGAAAAACAAAAACCCACAAGCAAAGCAACUUCAGUUCUUCAACUUUAUUAUUUUAACUGUCCCAAAAGUUUGUACAUGAUGACAGCAGAAUAAAAGCUAUUUGUAAAAAGGU